AUGGUUCACGUGUGUUUGUGUUGUGAACGUGUGUAGUCGAACCGCUUAAAAAAUGCGACAAAGGUCAAAAGUGUGGCUGCAUUUUAGAAAAAUUGAUGCCAACAAUGCUCGAUGCAACAUAUGCAAAAAAGACAUCCCUGUUAAGACCGGCAACACGACUAAUUUGAUGAGGCACCUGAUCGUGCACGGAAUCGAUUUACGAGCGGAAAGUAGCUCCGUGUUUGACUCGAAGAAGAGCGGACCGCAGCCAUCUUCCUCUCAGCCCGUGGCAGAUCCUGGACGGUCUGAUUCUACAUCUCCACGACCGGACUCCUCUUCAUCCGAGAGCACCGAGGACAGCUCUGUUUCCGGGAUUUCAGCUGGAGCCUUUGACCCUGACGUGAUGAGGACAAGGCCAGUCAGUGUGAAUCCAUUCACUCUGGCAGAAAAAGGAAAGCUGACCGCAGAAAAGCGAGAUGAGGACCACUGGCACAGGGCAGUCACAAACUUUGUUGUUAAAAGUUUGCUUCCUGUUUCUACAUUGGAGGCUCCAUGGUGGAGGGAGCUGAUAAGAGUCCUAAACCCCAUGUAUCAGUCCCCCAGCAGAGACAUGCUGUCGAAUACACUCUUACCAGCAUGGUAUGCAGUAGAGAAGGAAAAUGUCAAGAGAGAAUUGGAAGACGUCAAAGAUGUGGCCGUGACCGCGGAUGGAUGGACCAGUGUGGCACAAGACCAUUACUUGACUGUUUCAGUCCACUUUGUGAGAGAGGAUACCAUGAACGAGAAAAUCCUGCACACCAGGGUCCAGAAUGCUGUGAUCAGUGGAAAGACGGGGCUAGCAUGUACAGAUGAGCAGCGCAGGUGGAAUGCUGGGACAGCAAAGAAUCUUCAACCCAAACGUCUAAGCAUGAUAAACUUCAGACACCACAAGGCAGAGCAGCAGUAUAACAUCAACUCAAGGGCUGCAGACACGAUUAGUCUUUAUUUUCAUAAGUGUUAUAAGGACUUGAUCUUGUACAGGCAUUGUAAAUUCAUUGUUGUCAUCUCCUUCCAGUGCUGA